GAUGUCAAUGACUGGAUUGGACCACCAAGUAACUCGGAUGGAUCAACAAAGCCUGUUACCAUCAAUGCAGACACUACCUGUGGCAACGACUGGGUUUGUGAACAUCGCUGGCGUCAAAUAAAGAACAUGGUUAUCUUCCGUAAUGUGGUGGACGGCCAGCCUUUCUCCAACUGGUGGGACAAUGGCAGCAAUCAAGUAGCUUUUGGCCGUGGUAAUAAAGGCUUCAUCGUUUUCAAUAAUGAUGACUGGAAUAUGAAUGUCAGUUUGCAAACUGGACUGCCUGCUGGUACCUACUGUGAUGUUAUUUCUGGACAAAAGGAGGGCAACAGAUGUACUGCAAAACAGGUGUCUGUUUCUGGUGAUGGAAUGGCUAAUUUCCAGAUUAGUAACGAUGCUGAAGAUCCAUUCAUUGCAAUUCACAUUAAUGCCAAGUUAUAA